AUGUCCGACGGGUCCACUGAUAGCGCGGUGAAAGAGGAGGAGCUGGUAUAUGUGAGAUGGAGUCACAAUGGCAAGAUUGAGAGCAAGUUUGUUGGCAUCCAGACAGUAGAGAAGGCAGAUGCUGCACACAUAACCAGCAUAGUAAGGACCAUCAUGGAAGGUAUUUGCGAAGAGUGGGAGAGCAAGUUGGUCACCUUUGCAACAGACGGUGCUGCAGUGAUGGUGGGAGUGAAGAAUCGGUAUCCACUAUAUGUACCAGAUGGGUAG